AUGUCAAUUAACAAUUGUAGUGGGUUUGAUAUUUUGUGGAAGCAUUUUCCCGAUGGAUCGAACAAUUCUGGAAAUUCUAGUUUUAGAGAACUAAUUUUCAUGAACUACUGCCCUAAUAAAAAAUGCGAUACUGAUAUCAAUAAGAUUAAUGCUGGGUGUUUAUGGUUAUUUAAUUACUUUUUUGUUACAAGUGGUAUUCCAUUUCACCGUGAUUUUUAUAAGCAUGUGGUUGUAUGUAUUAUGAUAUGGUUAAGUUAUAAGUUAAAUCAAAAAACAGAAAAUGGAACCAGCAAAUUAAACGAUUUUUAUUUAAAUAAUAUAGCAAAUAAGACGGAGUACACUGAGCAUAAGAUUUAUGGUAAAACAUUUAAAAGUUAUAAGGAAAUCAUAGAUCAAAUAAAUGAAUAUAUGGAUAUUGAUAUUAAUAAGAUAUCUAAAUUUUAUGAAUUACUUAAAUUAUUAUGCAAUAUGAUUGCUGAUAAUAAGGAUAAAAAUAGUAGCAAUUUUUCAGAUCAUGCUAAUAAAUUUGUUGUUGAAUAUGAACAGCUCUUAAAUGAUGAUAAUAAUAUUGACGACAGCUCAUACGAUAAAAUAUUACGUCUUUUAUCUAAUUAUUAUACUAAUUUUGAACAAAACAUAGUUUUUCAUAAUAUAGAAAUGAAUCGUCGUCAAUUACCAACAAAAAAAACAGCCGAAAAUGAUGGAGUAGAAGAUUCUAAUGAAAUUAAAACAGAUGAACCCUCUAGUGAAACAGGAAACCAAGAUAUUGCAACGAUAGCUCUGAGUCCAAAUACUACAUUAUCAGGAUCGUCACUAGUAAACAAAAUAAUUUCAGUUUUAUCGAUAUUUGGUGCAAUAGCAAUUUUUUUUGGAAUUUCCUAUAAGUAUUCGUUAUUUGGAUUUCGGAAACGAGCUCAAAAACAAAAUUUAAGAGAAAAGCUAAAAAAAUAA